CGUCGCCGUUGUCGUUGCCGUCGAUCCGAAGGCUCGUUCUGCGCGCGCUCUGUUUCCGGUAUAAGCUCGCAGUUCUUGUUUUCGAGUGUUGAUGUUUUUUGUCUGCUUUCUUUCCGAAAAGUGUGCGAACGCGUGUGCUGCUCCCUGUGGUUUGUUCAGCUGAAUUCAUGGGAUUGCAUUAGUACUGUAUUUUUGUAAGGUGGUUAUCAGUGUAACGUCGCAAUAGAGUGUCGUUAGCAUCGGUAGAAAUACGUGUGUUUGUGAAAGCUCCACGUUCCCAGUGUUCCAUAUUUUCGUCAAAAACUGCAACCACCGCGCGAUCCUUCUUGCGCUACAGCCAUCGGCCAGCCACCGCUUGUACAUCCGGAAGGCCACGAGGUCGGGUGUCACGACGAUUGCAAAAAUUCAGUGAGACAGGGAAGAAAGGUACAGAAUUAAAAACAAGGAACCGCACAUCAUGUCGGGCGAAGAGAAUGGAAAGCCGCCGUCGGCUAGCACGGGUCCGAAGGGACGCAUCCUGCCAGCGGACAGCUACGUCAGCACGGAUCCAGCCGUCCCGGUGAAGCUGCGCAUCGCCAAAGAAGGACUGGCCUCGCUCGAUCCGCUCUCGGUACCAGAUCUGAUGGAUCGAACCGCGCGCGACCACCCGGACCAUCCGGCGAUGGUUUUCCGGAACGCGCAGAAACAGUGGCAGACGGUGACGUACCGCGAGUACCGCGAACGCGUCCACCACAUGGCCAAGGUUUUCGUCAAGCUCGGACUCGAGCCGCUUCACACGGUUGCCGUGCUGGCGUUCAACAGCCCGGAAUGGUUUGUCUCCGAGCUUUCGGCCAUCCACGCCGGCGGUAUCAUCACCGGGGUAUACACGACCAACUCGCCAGAGUCGACACAACACGUCCUGGAGAGCUCGCGGGCUCAGAUCGUGGUGGUGGACGAUGCGAAGCAGAUGGAAAAGGUCCUAUCGAUUCGUUCGAACUUGCCAAACCUGAAGGCCGUCAUCCAGACCAUGCCACCGUACGCACCGUACGUCAAACGGGAGGAUGGCUUCUAUCGGUGGUCGGAAUUGGAAGAAAUGAACGUGGACGACGUGGAAGAGGAGUAUAAGAAUCGCUUAGCCAAUAUAGCCAUCAAUCAAUGCUGCUGCCUGGUGUACACGUCCGGAACGGUCGGUAACCCGAAGGGCGUCAUGCUGAGCCACGACAGCCUCACCUGGGACUCGUACUCGAUCGGCAAGCGGCUGCACCAGAUCCGAUACGCGGAGGAGGUGCUCGUCUCUUUCCUUCCCCUGAGCCAUGUGGCCGCUCAGAUGGUGGACAUCUUCCUGACGCUCCAGUUUGCCUGCACCGUGUACUUUGCGGACAAGGACGCGAUGAAGGGCACGUUGCUUAACACGCUGCAGGAGGCGAAACCGACGCGUAUGCUAGCGGUGCCGCGCGUUUACGAGAAGAUUCAGGAGAAGAUGUUGGCCGUGGGGGCGCAGAGCGGUGCGGCGAAGAAACUGGUGGCCGGCUGGGCGAAGAGCGUCACGUUGCAGCAUCAUCUGAAUGCGAUGGAAGGCAAACCAACCAACUCCUGGCAGUAUCGGCUGGUAAAAAACUUCAUUCUCUCCAAGGUAAAGGAUGCACUCGGGCUCAGUCGGUGCAUCACGCUGGCGACGGCUGCCGCUCCGAUGGAUCGGGAAACGAAAAAGUACUUCAUGAGCCUGGACAUGCCGAUCAACGAGGCGUUCGGUAUGUCUGAGUCGUCCGGAGCACACUCGCUGACCGCACCGGAUAGCUACAAUUUCGAUACGAUCGGAAAACCGCUCGGGGGCUGCGAGACGAAGAUCGAAAAACCGGACGAGCGGGGCCACGGUGAGAUUUGCAUGCGCGGCCGGCACAUCCUCAUGGGUUACAUUGGCGAGGAGGAGAAAACGCACGAAGCGCUCGACGACGAAGGCUGGCUGCACUCGGGUGAUGUGGGCUACGUGGACGAGGCCGGCUUUAUCUACAUCACCGGCCGGAUUAAGGAACUGAUUAUCACUGCAGGCGGUGAAAAUAUCCCGCCGGUGCACGUGGAGAAUCUCGUCAAGAACGAGCUGCCGUUCGUGAGCAAUGCCUUCCUGGUGGGUGACAAGCGAAAAUUCCUCACCAUGCUGAUCACAAUUAAAACGCAGAUGAACUUGGACACUGGCGCACCGAAGGAUGAACUAACGCCCGAGACGAUUGCCGCGCUGAAGGAGUUCGGGGCUGAGUACAGCAAACUGAGCGAGAUCCAUGCGGCAGGACCAUGUCCGAAGGUGUUGAAGGCAAUUCAAGAUGGAAUUGAUCGAGCAAACAAGAAAGCCAUAUCCAACGCACAGAAGAUCCAGAAGUAUGCAUUGCUGACUGCGGACUUUUCUGUGCCCGGAGGAGAGCUCGGUCCUACGUUGAAGGUAAAACGUAACGUUGUGGCAGCAAACAACAAGGACGUCAUUGAGCGGUUCUACGCGUAAGAAAAACGGCACAAUUCUGUGGGUCGGACUGCAGACAUUCAAUAAGCUUGCUGCUGUUUUAGGAUUAAGUAUUCUUUUUCCUUGGCGACACGUACCCUUCCACCUGUGCGUUGUCGUUCGUUUUUCUUUCUUUAUGUUUAGUUACACUUCAACUGUUUUCUAUCGUUUCUUCUUGCCAAUUGUUCUCAAUAUUUCGGUUCUUUCAACCAACACUAUUUAGUUAUAAAAGGAUAUUUCUAUUGCAACGAAAUCAAUAGAAAUCGAUGGGACAACUGCGACACUAUUAGUACCGAGGCUUGGCAAAGCAAUUGGGGGGAUGCCCGUUCAUAUCGGAAAACCGUAGCUGAUUUUAAGUUAGGAGGGCAACGUCUUGUUUUGUUCACUUACUCUUUCAAGUCUGAAAAUUUCUUUCAUUGCUCUCCGAAUUCUGGAGUUUGGUGAUAUUAUUUAGAAGCUUUCACGAACAGUGAAACAACAUAUGACCCAGUGCCAAAACAAUGAUGAAUAGGCAGCUGCUUGAGAACGAUGCUUGCUAGACGAUCGGAACAGCUACCUUUCUCGUUCUUUUUGAGUUUAUGUUUUUUUUCGUGUUGAGUUUGUAGUAACAUGUACAAAGGUUCAAUUGGAUUCGUAUCCACUGCAUUUAGUCAUUUAGGUUACUCGUGGACGGUCAUUGAAGUACGGCAGGGAGCAGUGUUUGUUGUAAAUAUAUAUUUGUUCACUCUGUCCACGCUACUACCGGGAUGUCGAAAUAAAGUAAAACCGAGGAGAGAAAUAAAACCAUGCUGAAAAGUUA